ACAACAUUUUAAUUUUCUCAACAUUUCCAAUCACGGUUUUUGUUAAAUGUCAAAGAUAUUUAUAACUUAAAAGCUCAGACUUCUUAGCUUUUUUUUUGGCCACUAAAACAGUCUGGCAACACUGCUGCGACGGCAGCUGGACACGCACACAAAUACAAAAUGUAAUUAUUUGUUUUCAAGCAAUUGGACCAGGAAAUAAGAAAUUCGAGGCUAAAACCAAAAGUAAGCAACGUUGGCAAGAUAACGCAACGACGCAGACGACGUGUGGGAUUGUCCGGCGGAUUGGCGGCGGCAGGAUACGGUGGAUACAACGGCAACAAAAUGCACCAGCAGCACAUGGACCUGCACGCGCCCGUGGACUUGAAUAAGUCCCUGGACGAGAUGUCGCCGGAGGAGCGCAUGCGUGCCGAGCACCAGAUGAUGGUGGAAAAGCAUCGAGGACACGACGCCAUGCACUCGGAAAUGGUGAUCAUCCUCUUCGUCACCUUGCUCAUCGCCCAGAUCAUCCUUGUGGAGUGGAAGAAGCGCCACUAUAGCUCCUACGCCUUUGUCACCCUGCUGGCCAUGUGGCUCAUCCCACUGAUAAUCUCGUGCAGCUUUGGCUGGCUGCGCUUCAUUAUCAUCUGGCUGGUGUUCACAUGCAUAACGGCUCUGGUGAUGCGCCGGGCCAUCAGCAAGCCAAUCCAAGGCACUACGCCCAGGCUAGUCUACAAGUGGUUCUAUUUCAUCUACAAGCUUAGCUACGGCCUGGGCCUUGUGGGCUACCUGGUGAUCAUGGCCGCCUUUCUUGGGAUGAACUAUCUGUUCUCGCAGCCGCCGAAUACGUGGAUGGACGUGGGCCUGAUGUUCUGCUUCUAUGGCCUGUACAUCGGUGUCCUGGGUCGCGAUAUAUCCGAGAUUUGUUCGGAUAAAAUGGCAGCGGCCAUUGGCUACUACACACCUCAGGGCAUUCCCACACGGCAUUUGGAUCAAAAUGUCUGCGCCGUAUGCGGCAAUCAGUUGCUGGUCUCCGAGAAGGAAGAGGGCGUCAUCGAAAACACAUACAAGCUGUCCUGCAACCAUGUAUUCCACGAGUUCUGCAUACGCGGCUGGUGCAUUGUAGGCAAGAAACAGACGUGUCCCUACUGCAAGGAGAAGGUUGAUCUCCAAAAAAUGUUCCGCAAUCCCUGGGAGAAGCCACAUGUAUUGUAUGGACGCCUGCUGGACUGGAUUCGCUGGCUGGUGGCCUGGCAGCCGCUCAUCUUCUUUAUAGUACAAGGCAUCAACUGGAUGCUGGGAUUGGAAUAGGGGUCCUGGCAUUCGGAUUAACUUUCCUCGGCGUCUAGUCAAGCACACACCAAACACACACACACAACCACACGCAAUACAAACACUUUGGAUCCAAAAAUGAUGGGAGAGACCAAUUUGGAGGCACUCAGCGCACUCGAGCACGGUCGCCAGCCAUUCAUUCCCGCGCUCUAUCCCCUCCAGAAGAGUUGAUAAUAUUAGUUGCUUUUCCAUUGUUCCCACAGUCUUUAAAAUCGAAACGUAAAUGCAAUUUUUGAAUAUAA